AUGCCACCCAAAGGAGCAACCAACAAGAAAUCUCUUGAAAAAGAGAAGAAACAAAAGAUCGAAGACAAGACUUUUGGUUUGAAGAAUAAAAACAAGAGUAAAAAAGUUGCUCAAUUCGUAAAGAAUGUUGAACAACAAGUAAAUAAUAAUGUUAAUCAAAAGAAGGCUGCCAAUAGAACAGAUCAAGCUAAAAAGGAUAAAGAGUUGGCAGAGAAGGCCAAGAAGGAGAUGGCCGAUUUGUUGAAGCCAACUAUCGUUCAGGCAAAGGUUCCACUCGGUGUCGAUCCAAAGUCGAUUGUUUGCGAGUUCUUCAAGGCAGGACAGUGUACCAAGGGUAACAAGUGUAAGUUUGCACACGAUUUGAUGGUUGCACGUAAGGACGCCAAGAUCGAUAUCUACACUGAUCGUCGUAACGCCGACGACAAGGCCGUCGACAGCAUGGAGAAUUGGGACGACGACAAACUCAAGAAGGUCAUCGACAACAAGCGUACAAAUGAAAACAAAAACUUAAAGACUACCAUCGUGUGUAAAUAUUUCUUGGAGGCGAUCGAAGCCAGCAAGUAUGGUUGGUUCUGGGAGUGUCCAAACGGUGGUGAUAAAUGUAUGUACCAACAUUGUCUGCCACCCGGAUACGUACUCCAAAAGAAAAAGAAGAAGGGUGAAGAAGAAGAAGUCGAACAAAUUCCACUUGAAGAAUUGAUUGAAGAAGAGAGAGCUAAAUUGACAAAGACAACUCCAGUAACAUUGGAAACAUUUUUGAAGUGGAAGGAAGAGAAACGUAUUCAAAAAGAAAAGGCAGCUAAGGAAGCAGAGGAAAAGAGAGCUGCCGAUAUCAAGGCAGGAAAGACAUCGAUGAGCGGUAGAGAAAUGUUUGUUUACAAUCCAGAUCUGUUUAUUGACGAUGAAGCAGCUAUCGAUGUUAAAGAUAAAGAAUACGAAGAGCCCGAAGAAGAGUUGGCAAACAAUGUCGACAAGAGUCUAUUUAUUGGUGAGGACGAAGAUCUUCCAGAUUCCGACGACGACGACGAAGAUGAAGAUGAAGAUGAAGACGAUGAAGACGACGAUGAAGAUGAUGGAUAUCAAGGUGAAGAGGAAGAGGACGACGAUGAAUAA